AUCUUCUAAUUGACACCAUCAGCAGCCAAACUCGCUGCCAGCAUCAACUCAAUGUGCUCAAAGAAAUUGACGGAAACACUAGGAUGGAAUUCGGCUGGUACACCAAGGAUAUGCUCAAGGCAAUCUUGCUUUUCACGCAGGUUUCCUAUCUUGAAGAUCCCCAUAGGGUCCAUAAACCUGGUACUGAUAGCAGCGGAAUCCUAUGGCUAGAUGGUAACCGCUGGCUCUUGGUCCAAAAUAUAAUGGCAGAUGAGAAAUGUUUGAGUCAAAUGUUAGCUCAAUGUCCUCAAUUACUCCAGAUAUCGGCAACCCAUCUGUAUUUCAAUAAGACAAUUUUCAAGAUGGAUGUGCUCUCCAAGUCAAUCGAUGCCAAGUUGGGAGGGGAUUUCAGCAAUGCUUUGAGAACUAGCUUAAGCCGCCUAACUCAGAUCACCCGCAAUGCAGAAUCUUCGCUCAAAGCCCUUGUUAUGCCACCCCAACAGAAAAGCACGUCCAGCAAAGAAGACUUGGAAAGUGAAGGAUGCAGAGGGGCCUUAAAUUUCCUCUUUGAUAGACUGUUGGGGUUGGGUGCUGCACUUCCAACCAACGAGAAGCCGCCACCAAACAUCUGGGGGGUAAAAACGAUCUUGACAAAAAUUUAUGAAUUGCUUCUUGAUAUUGUUCUGAUCUAUCAGGGAUACCGGUCAAAGUCCCAAUUGUUUGGAAGUAACGUUUGUCUAUCUGAAGAAAUCAUCUACCAAAGGAUUCAACAGGCAGUAUGA